GGAGCUACUUUGCCAACCACUUCAUCAUGGGCGGCGAGAAGUUUGACUCCACGCACCCCGAGGGUUACCUCUUCGGCGAGAACAGCGACCUGAACUUCCUGGGGAACCGGCCGGUGGUGUUCCCUUACGCUGCUCCACCUCCUCAGGAACCCGUGAAGACUCUCAGGAGCUUAAUCAACAUCCGCAAGGACACCCUGCGCCUUGUCAAGUGCUCGGAAGAGGUGAAGACCCCGGGGGAAGAAGUCAGCAAAGCCAAGGUGCACUACAACGUGGAGUUCACCUUCGACACGGAUGCCCGCGUGGCCAUAACCAUCUACUACCAGGCGAGCGAGGAGUUUCACAACGGGGUGGCGAGCUACAUCCCCAGGGACAACAGCCUGCAGUCAGAGACAGUGCACUACAAGCGGGGGGUGUGCCAGCAGUUCUGCGUGCCCUCCCACACCGUCGACCCCUCUGAGUGGAGCGAGGAGGAGCUGGGCUUCGACCUGGAUCGGGAGGUGUAUCCCAUGGUGGUGCAUGCGGUGGUGGAUGAAGGAGAGGAGCACACCGGGCACUGCCACGUGCUGCUGGCCACCUUUGAGAAGCACAGCGACGGCACCUUCUGUGUGAAGCCCCUCAAGCAGAAGCAAGUGGUGGAUGGUGUGAGCUACCUGCUGCAGGAGAUCUAUGGCAUCGAGAACAAGUACAACACACAGGACUCCAAGGUGGCCGAGGAUGAGGUGAGCGAUAACAGCGCUGAGUGCGUCGUCUGCCUCUCGGACGUCCGUGACACCCUCAUCCUGCCCUGCCGCCACCUCUGCCUCUGCAACACCUGCGCCGACACCCUGCGCUACCAGGCCAACAACUGCCCCAUCUGCAGGCUGCCUUUCCGAGCCUUGCUUCAAAUCCGAGCCAUGAGGAAAAAGCUGGGCCCCCUCUCACCCACCAGCUUCAACCCCAUCAUCGCCUCGCAGACCUCUGACUCCGAGGAACACUCGUCCUCAGAGAACAUCCCCCCAGGCUACGAGGUGGUGUCGCUGCUGGAGGCCCUCAACGGGCCGCUGACGCCAUCGCCGGCUGCCCUGCCUCUUCGCGCACUGGGGGACCCCCCGGGCGCGGGGACCCUCCCCUCCUAUGGCAGCGACGGCCCCCUGCCCCCCCUGCGGGCCCUCUCGCCCCUUGAGCGUCUCCCCGACUGUGGCCCCCCAGGGCUCAAGCUGAAGAAGAGCCUCUCCAAGUCCAUCUCGCAGAACUCCUCCAUCCUGCCUGAAGAGGAGGACGAGAAGUCGUGCACUGAAUCGGAGCUGAGGGUCUCCAGGAGAAGAUCCCCUGCCCGGCAUGAGGAGGAAUGCGGUGCGACACCGGAGAGUGAAAACCUCACCCUGUCAUCGUCAGGAGCCAUCGACCAGUCCUCCUGCACUGGGACCCCCCUCUCCUCCACCAUCUCAUCCCCAGAAGAGCCCGUCAGCAGCAGCCUGGCUCAGUCCGUCAUGUCCAUGGCCUCCUCCCAGAGCCAGCACUCCCAGCUCAGCACCGACACCGUGUCCUCCAUGUCUGGCUCCUACGUUGCUCCCGGCACGGAGGAGGAGGAGGAGGAAGGGGACAUGCUCCCUUCACCCGCAGCUGCCAGCGCCACAGCCUCUGAUGGAGAGUCAACACCUGUGGAGUCCCUGGAUAUAAACUUUGUCAGCAUCUCAGCUGAGGAGCGCGACGCCGAGGGCAACGACAUGCUGGAGGAUGAGGAUGCCUCUCCCACGCAGGAAGACGGCCCGAGGACAGGCGCUUUCCUCGGUCUGAGGUGUGACAAUAACAAUGACUUGGGCAUCGCACACGUGAAAGCGCUGGACAAUAAACUGUGCUCUGAGGCCUGCUUACCUGGCCCAGAGGCAGCCAACAGCAAUGUGCGGCUGCAGCAGGCGCCCCGGCCCCGCCGCCCCCCUGGCACCCGAGACCUGGAGCAGGCAGCGGCCACCCUGCCUGUGUGAGGGCUCAGCCUUGGCGGGGCACGAGCCCCCCUGCCCACCAGAGGGGCCCUGGUGCCUGGGCGCUGUGGGCAUCACCACCUCCACCCCUCAUCUGUAACAGGACUGGUUAUUGAAAGAAAA